AUGAUUAUUCCUAUCCGUUGUUUUUCUUGUGGUAAAGUGGUUGGUGACAAAUGGGAGUCAUACUUGGAAUACUUACAGGAUGAUACCAUGACCGAAGGUGAUGCGUUGGAUAAGUUGAAAUUGAAGAGAUACUGCUGUAGAAGAAUGGUGUUGACCCAUGUUGACUUGAUUGAAAAAUUCUUGCGUUAUAAUCCGUUGGAAAAGAAAGACAUCAAUUAG